GCAGCGUGGGUGCAAUUAGCUGCGGCUGGUUCUUUUCUCAGAUUUUAAAUGAGAGGUGACUCAGGUGCAGCCUCUGGGCCUUGGUUCAAUCGCUGUCCAAGAGCCAAACCAGAGAACACCCUAGGGCAUCGUGCUGGGCCAGAGUGGAGCCACAGACCCCAGCCAGGGACAGAGCCGCACUGAGACUGAUUUUUAAACCCUACGGAAGUGUUGCAGAAACCAGAGCUCCUGCAAUCUUAGCCGAGGGGAGGAAGCCAGACUGCAUCUCUGCAGCGGUGCCUGUGCCAGCUGCAGUGCUUGCGGGACCCGUGGCCACGGUGGCCGCGGUGGGAGGGAGCAGCUUUCCCAGAGGUCAUCCAGGAUGUGGCUGUAACGCCCAGGCCUGCUGCGGCCCACCAGCGUGUCGCGGGGGAUCCUCACCUGCUCGAUCAGCAGAAAGGGCUCCCAGGGGGGACCCCGUGCCCGCACCUCCUCCCCAUCCACCAUGACGCGGUUGUGGCUCCGGGUGAUGGCAAACACCCAGGUGUCCCCCAUGUUGACCAGGAAGAUCUGCCCGGGUGCCAGUGGCUCCUGGCUGAAGCAGAGCCCGUUGGCGAAGCUCUCCACCCGCGUGGCCCGCAUGGGGCCGGUGCCGCUGUCCGUGCUGCUGCUGCUGGGGCUGGGGCUGAGCCGGGCCGCCCCCCGGGGCCACGAGGUGACGUUCCUGCCGGGGCUGGCCAAGCAGCCCUCCUUCCGGCACUUCUCGGGCUACCUCUGCGCCGGGCCAGGCCAGCAUCUGCACUACUGGUUUGUGGAGGCCCAGAGCAACCCCCAGAGCAGCCCCCUGGUGCUGUGGCUGAACGGGGGUCCCGGCUGCAGCUCCAUGGAGGGCUUCCUGAAGGAGCACGGCCCCUUCCUGAUCCAGCCCGACGGGGUCACGCUGAAGUAUAACGACUAUGCCUGGAACAAGAUUGCCAAUAUGCUCUACCUGGAGUCCCCCCCCGGCGUCGGCUUCUCGUAUGCCGAGGACAAGAAGUAUGCCACGAACGACACUGAGGUUGCUCGCAACAACUACCUGGCGCUGAAGGAUUUCCUCCGGCUCUUCCCAGAGUACUCCAAGAAUGAUCUCUUCCUCACGGGGGAGAGCUAUGGUGGGGUCUACAUCCCCACACUAGCGGAGUGGGUGAUGCAGGACCCCAGCCUCAACCUGAAGGGAAUCGCUGUGGGAAAUGGCCUCUCAUCCUAUGAGAUUAACGACAACUCCCUGGUUUACUUUGCCUAUUACCAUGGUCUGCUGGGGACUGAGCUGUGGAGAGAGUUGCAGGCCUUCUGCUGCUCCCAAGGGAAGUGCAACUUCCACGACAACUCCAACUUGAACUGCACACUCAAGAUGGAGGAGAUGAUUCAUAUUGUAGAGGAGUCAGGCCUCAACAUCUACAACCUCUACGCCCCGUGUGAUGGCGGUGUCCCUGGGAGCAUGAGGUAUGAGGGUGGCUAUCUCAUCACACAUGACCUGGGCAACUCCUUCAUCCGGAUGCCGAUGAGGUUCUCCUGGCGGCAGAACCUGUUCCGGAUGCCAGUAGCCCGAAAGAAGGUCCGGAUGGACCCGCCCUGCACCAACUCCACAGCCCUCAGCACAUAUCUGAACUCCCCAGAGGUGAGGAAGGCUCUCCACAUCUCCCCCGAUGCUCCGGAGUGGCAGGUGUGCAGCUUUGAGGUGAACCGCAGCUACAAGCGCCUGUACAUGCAGAUGAACGACCAGUACCUGAAGCUGCUUGGAGCCACGAAAUACCGGAUCCUGGUGUACAAUGGGGAUGUCGAUAUGGCCUGCAACUUCCUUGGGGAUGAGUGGUUUGUGGACUCCCUGUGCCAGAAGGUGCAGGUGGCUCGCCGGCCCUGGCUCUACACUGAAGGAGGCGAGAACCAGAUUGGGGGCUUCGUGAAGGAAUUCACCAACAUCGCCUUCCUCACUGUGAAGGGAGCUGGCCACAUGGUGCCCACAGACCGGCCCCUCUCUGCCUUCACCAUGUUCAGCCGCUUCAUUAAGAACGAGCCUUACUAGGAGCUGUGGAGGCAGUGCCUGGCAUCCCAGCUGCCCUCACCACCCGGCAGCUCCUGCACAGCCCGUCCUUACUACUGCUCCGCUGUGCCUGGGCUCCCUGCACCAUGAAACCACUCACUCCUGCAGCUGGUGGGGCUCCCCCGGCCCCAAGCCCUGCAGGAUGGUGCCCAGCUGGACAGGGUGGAUGAUGGGGCUGCCUGCAAGUGGGUGUGGGGGGCCCAGGGUUGGGGUGAAGAAGCUAUCUUUGCUGGGUGAGAAGUUAUGCCCCUGCUGCAGCCGCCUCCUUGCUUGUGGCUUCCUGUCUCGCCUCCUCCCUGUCUGGAGAUGCAGCUGCUUCCCUCCUGGGAAGGGACCACUUCCCCUCUACCCCGCAGCCCCCGCACGCACACAGCCCUGGGCAGGCUCUGAGCCAGCUGCCCCUUGCUAGGAAAGCACAGUUCACAUGGUGGCUGGGGGCAGCUGGGCACUGCUCCUGCUGGGGCCUUCUCCUCCCUUCCAAACUGUUCCCACAUCUCGUCCUGCUGAAGGAGGCUUUACUGUGAAGACAAUCCCACCACCUGCUCACUGCCUGGGGUAUGCAGUGCUUCUGGGAACUUGCAAUAAACUCUCCGAACAAGG